UCUGUUCUGAUGGCCUUGCGGUCCCUCCGUGCCCAGCAGGGAGUUUCAAGCCCAAGGAGGGACUUCACACACCCAGCAGAAGCUCCUCAUGCUUGCGAGGAAUUGGAUUGUGUUGGAAGAAAUACAUGCUGGGUAUUUUUGUCCUGCUGGAGCAAGUUACCCGGUGCCGUGCCAGCCAGGUACAUACAAUCCUCUCCAAGGACCGGAUGAAGCCGCCGAUUGCCGAGCCUGCCCAGCAGGGAGAGCUUGUACUCAGACUGGUUCUGAGCAUAUUUGCUGGUGCUACAGUCACGUCUAUGGCUGGUGGCCAUAGUGCUGGGGAUUGGAGUUUGGACUCCAGGGUUCUCAUCUCAGCUAAGGAGACUGUGCUGAGGGAUUCUGGUGCCCGAGUAAGAAACCCCCAAGAUGGAGAAUCAGGACUUCCUUGUCCUCCUGGUCAUUAUUGUCCUGAAGGCACUCUGCUUCCGUUGCAGUGCCCUCCUGGCACGUGGUCUGGCAGUGAAGGUAGAAGGAGUGUGCAGGAAUGCCAGCCAUGUCCUGGGGGGUAUUACUGCAACAGCUCUGGGCAGAGGGCACCCUCAGGACACUGCAGCCCAGGGUACUACUGUGUCACUAAAGCCCAGACCCCAACACCCACUGAUGGCCUCUCAGGAGCUCCGUGUCCAGUCAGUCACUUUUGUCCUCUUGGAUCCGGGAGUCCAGCCCCAUGCCCCCCUGGCUCCCACAUGCCGCACACCCACGGAGAGCAGUGCUAUCCUUGCCCAGUGGGUGAAUUCUGUGUCUCUGGUGAGAAGCCACAGCUGUGUCCCCAGGGGUAUUUCUGUCCCGAGGGCACAGCUCUUCCGAUUGCUUGUCUGGCCGGGUCCUAUAACCCUUCACAAAGGCAAGCCAGCUGCCUCCCCUGUCCUGAAGGUGAUCACGGAGCAGUGUGUGGUGGGAAAAUGACUUCAUUUACUACUGAAAAGCACUUUGAGAAGGAAGCAGAGCAACUAUUGAGCUCUGUUAAGCAACACUGUAUAAUUGAUUAUGGGACCAGGCAAAGUCCUAAACCCAGCUGCUUCUGCCCCAAAAAUUCCUCUUCCUUUUUGGAGAACGAAUGUUCAGCCGGCCACUACUGCCCUCCCGGUACUGCUUCUGCAACUCAGUUCCCGUGUCCUCAGGGGACUUACAACCCACAGCCUGGAAGCAGCCUGAUGUCUCGCUGCACCCCCUGUGACCCAGGGCACCCACGCGUUACAGGACCCUGUUUGUCUGGGUUCUACUGCAGCAGAGGUGUUUCUAGUCCCACACCUACAGAUGGUCUUCUGGGGAAUGCAUGCCCCAAGGGAAAUUACUGUCCUCUGGGCUCUGCCUUUCCACAGCCGUGUCCUCCCGGUUAUUAUAGCAACUCAACUGGGAAUACUGGGAUUGAGGACUGUCUCCUGUGUGAUGCAGUUGCCCUGGGGGUCAAGCAGCUCCGAGGAAAUGCCCGCUGGGAACAGCCAAUGAACUUACUGCUCAAGCAGAGAUCACAGCCUGCCGGGUUUGUCCCAAUGGCUGUCUCAGCCUUGAGAGCGGAGGUGGGUGCCGUGCGUGUCCGGAUGGUUAUUCCUGUGAUCCACGUAGUGGUGUGCAGAGGAGCUGCAGUCCUGGGUAGUCCAACUCACCAGAGGGAGAGUUGGAGUGUCGGGCAUGUCCAGAGGGAUACAUCUGCCCAGACGGACAGAGCAGACAGGUACGGAAUGAGCAUGUGGUAUAGUAGAUCUAAGACCUUCCACGAGUAG